UUUUACUUACUUGAGAGCACUUCUCCAACCAGCCGCACAAGCUCUCCGUAAUGGAGUCAUGGAAGAAAGCGUUCGAUCAAGGUGUAGUUGAGUUCAGGAGAGGGAAUUACGAUGUUGCAUUGGCACGUUUCGACCGUAUGGUGAAGAACGAACAUAUAGUCUAUGACACUCGAGCAGCAACGUUACAGAAGCUUGGACGCGUUUCGGACGCUCUCAAAGAUGCAAAAAUGGUUAUCGACCUAUGUCCAGACUCAUACAAAGGAUAUUACCGUGCCGCCACGUUAUUCAAGCUGUUAGGACGUGUGGAGGCAGCGAAAAAAAUGAUCGAUAUGGCCCUAGCGCGUUUACCCCCUGACUCAGCCCGCUGUGCAACAGUACAGAAGACUUUGGCAGACAUCAAUGCAGCGGCAGAGAAAAUGGAUGAUAGAAAGAAUCAUUGCUGGAUUUCUAAGCUUCCAGUCGAAGUGUUGUCUGAGAUGAUGACAUUUGCUUGUAUGGAUCAGCCUUGUUGUCGGGAACUGAUAGCUAUUAUAGGCGUGUGUCGGCAUUGGCGUUACGUUGCGUUCGAGACAAGUUGCCUUUGGCAAACCUUGACGUUGGGACGAUCCCGUCCUCUGAACAAACUUGCCGAAUGGACCGCUCGAACUUCGAAGAAUUCGGCAACGCGUUACGUCAAACACCUCGAUAUCACGGAACGAGUGCCUUCGUCUCAUUCGAUCGCCAUCCUUGAUAGGUGGUACCAAACACUUAGAGCGAUCCCCUCUGAAACGUUGUUACAGCCGACAUCCCUGACGUGGAAAGUGGAUAUCAGACUUUCUAGCUUCACUUGCUUCUUGUCGACUAAUGCUUUCCCAUCGAGUCUGAGGGAACUAUGUCUGGAUUUAUCGGUAUACUCUGAAUCGGGCGACACUCAUCGGGCGACCGAUGCAGUCGUAGUCGCUCUGACGUCCACGUUUCCGCGUCUUUACACGAUAGACACGGGGGAACCAAAGGAUAUUUUGGAGGAACGACCUGACGCUCUUGCUUCCCCCGCACCUCCUGACGCGAGGAAUCCCCUCUGCUGCCAUUUUAUUCACACCCUAAGCUUGAUCGGCGCAGCAUCCUCAUACGUUCCUCUCGCCAUCCCCAGAAAGGGACUUCGGACACUAUCAUUAAUUAGAUGCGUGCGUGACGCGCGCUCACUUCUGGACGCAGUCUUUGUCGCUUGUAGAUCAAAUUCAACUACACUGGAGACAUUGGAAGUCGAGUUCAGCGGAGACGUACUUCUCGAAGACCUCGUUCAAGCGGGUGAACACAUUAAUCUUCCCGCUCUCAAAUGCUUGGAUCUUUCCAAUGCAAGAGAAGCCAUGAACGUUUUCACGAGGAUCGUAGCACCCAAUCUAGAAAUCCUUCGAAUCAAACGCACAGCUUUGGUGGCCGUGUGCAACGUUAUGGCCGAGCUCUGGUGCAUUGGCGAUACCUACAGAGCUGCUUAUCAAUGGGUUGCAUGGCGCCGGAGUUCUUCCCUCCCCUGGGCGUGUGGUUAUACAUCAGCCCCGCCCCUAGGAGAACUCCGUCUCAUCCAAUGUUGCAUCAACGAAGAACAUCUUAUCCCCAUACUGGCCACACUUUCACAGCUCAGAAUCCUUCAAGUGACGAAGAGCGACUUUGACAUCAACAAGGUCGUUUAUGCGCUUGCCGGCGUUGACCCAUUCGCAGCUGCAAGAGGGCAAGAAGGUUCAACGCGACAGUUGUUGUGUUCAUCCCUGUGCGAGGUGGAUUUUUCGGGAUGCGUCAAACUCAAAGGAGGUGCAUUACGAGAUUUAGUCAAGUCUCGGUUGCACCCAGAGGCCAUCACUUCCGUGAACAAGAUCGGCGAUGGGCCAUCACCUCCCACACGGAUGUCUUCUCCACUUCGAUCGGUUACGGUUAACUACUGCCCCAAAGUAGAGGCGAUUCUAUUGCCCUGGUUCCGUUCAGUUGUACCCCUCUUCAGCUGCGUGUACUUGACGAGAGCAGAGGCUGCGAUGGAAGCCCGACGAAGGAGAUGAUGAUUUGGUGCAUCACGUAUCUGUACACUCGCUGUAGAUUACAAUGGGGAUGACCGUGCUUGUUCAAUCUCAUGCAAUCGUGGGGCAAUAGGACUGAAUCAUCACCAAGUGUGUAAUGGGACGGACUGUCCAGUGACAGGGGUGCUGUAUACAUGGGAUAUAUUUGAAAAC